AUGAUGGAGGUGACCAACAGUAACUCAACCAGCAACUCUUGCAUUCACAUCAGUACAACUACUCCUGAGAUUCGAAAGUCUCUCAUCACUGUGUCUAUCAUUUUUCACUUCCUGAUAUUUCUCCUUGGUGUGCUCGGGAAUGGACUGGUUAUCUGGGUGACUGGGCUAAAGAUGAAGAAAACAGUAAACACAGUUUGGUACCUCAACCUUGCUGUGGCCGACUUCAUCUUUGUAGCAUUUCUACCCCUCAAUGUAAUAAACCUUGCUUUAGACUUCCACUGGCCUUUUGGCAACUUCAUGUGCAAGCUCAACACCAUGGUACUUAUUCUGAACAUGUUUGCCAGUGUCUACAUUCUGGUGGUGAUUAGUGCAGACAGAUGUGUGUCUGUGGUGUGGCCUGUCUGGGCUCAGAACAACCGAAAUGUACGUAAGGCCUUGUUUGUGACUCUGGGUGUUUGGGGGGUGGCUUUGAUGAUCGGCUUUCCAUAUUCCAUCAUCAUGGACACAGAGCAAGCGUGUGAGAAUGAAAACAAAACUCUCUGCUUAAAUAGCUACGCUAUUUCUGAUGACUAUAAUGCAGAAUCUCCCAAUAUACUGCGACAAUUUCGUUAUCCACCGAUUAUCAUCGCCCGCUUCCUUGUGCUUUUUGCAGUCCCAUUCUCUAUCAUUGUCUCCUGUAAUGCUGUAAUAAUCCAUCAUCUCAGAAGAAACCACACACUGGCAAGGAAAUCAGGUCGCCCCUUUAAGAUCAUUGUUGCCAUUAUCAUCACAUUUUUUCUGUGCUGGUCUCCCAUUUAUAUUAUGGAUCUAAUUGUGCUGGCGAAAGAAAUGGACACUUCAAGUGGUGUCAUUGGGAUCCCUUUGGCCACCAAUUUGGCCUUUCUCAACAGCUGCCUAAAUCCACUGCUGUAUGUGUUUGUGGGCAAAGAUUUUAAGAAAGAAGUCUGCAAAUCCAUUCUAGCUGCAAUGGAGACUGCCUUCCAGGAAGAGGAGAAACGCUCUCAGAGUUAUACUAAGUCAGUUAGCACAAAUACAACUCAGCUUUGAAAACUGAUGUGUAAGGCU